CUCCUCACCGCUUGACCUCCGACAACCACGCAGACAGAGACAGUAGUAGGAACACUGCAUUGCACUGCAGACUGCCAGGAACCGUCAAGAUGCAGUCCGGAAUCUCUGUCACCCCCGAACUCCACGACGCCUUCACCACCUUCACCACCGACCCCUCCCUCUUCUGUCUCCCCAUUACCAUCACCUCCGAAAGCCUAACGCCCCUCCCUACAAUCCCCUCCUCGUCCUCAUUCUCCUCUUCGCUCUCGCAGCUCUCCACCAUCCUCAAACCCCAAACCCCGAUCUACCUGCUCCUCCGCCGCGAUGACAACACCCUCGUCGCGCUGACCUACAUCCCCUCCAACGCACCCGUCCGUGCAAAGACGCUUUUCGCUUCGACGCGGGCGACCUUAGUCCGGGAACUGGGCAGCGAGAAGUUCGGAACGAGCGUCUUCGCUACCGAGGAAGAUGAGGUUAUCAGCGAGAGCGCUUGGAAGGAUCGGGAUGCGGAGAAGAGUGGGAAGGGCGGCGGGAAUGGGUAUAGCCGUGAGGAUUUGAUGGGUGACAAGGAGAGGGAGUUGGAGUUGGUGCGGAGGGCUGAGGAGGAGGCGAGGAGUGGGACUUUGGGUAGAGAUAUUGGGAUCGGGGGGUCUGUGUCUGUUGGGGGUGGCAUUCCGAGUAGUAUGAGAGUUCAGAUGCCUGCGGAUGAGGAGGCUAAGGCUGCGCUUACGGAGUUGCAGGCUGGUGGUCUUGUGCAGUUGGUUGUUGAUGUGAAAACCGAGACGCUCAAGCUGGUCGGUUCGGAAUCCGGCGUCGACCCCAACUCCGUUCAGUCUCAUAUCUCGCCAUCUUCGCCGCAGUACACCUAUUAUCACUACCCUGACUCGGAUGCGGUCAUCUUCAUCUAUACCUGUCCGUCAGGUUCGAAGAUCAAGGAACGCAUGUUGUUUGCCAGUUCCCGUAACAAUGCCCUUGUCAUUGCUGGCGAACAGGGACUGAAGAUCGCUAAAAAGAUCGAGGCAUUCGGUCCCGAUGAGAUCUCUGGAGAUCGACUGCGUGAGGAAGUUUUCCCGCCACAGGACGAAGGACCCAAGCGCGGGUUCGCCAGACCUAAGAGACCCGGAAGGUAAAGGCGAAUCGACUUGUCUCAUAGAUAACAUGGGAGUGGACCGUGAAUUGCAUAUCUCGUAUCGUUGUGGAAGACGCCCGUAGAUUCUGUAGUCACCUAUACAUAACUCCGAACCGCACUGCACUAGCUAUGGGGUAUAACGCAGAAAAGAAACCGUAAAUUUGUGACAAAUCCUCC